AUGGCUAAUCCGUCGACUUCAGUUGAAAGCACCGCCGGUGGCGCUAUUGCCCUGAAGCCUCUAUCUCACAGCAACAAUGCGGACAGCUCGAGUGUGCAGCUAGUCGCCGGUGACCACAUCCACAACCACGAACACGAACACAGUACAGCCACUUCUAGCACUGAACAUCACAUGGCCGAGCUCUCUAACUGGAAGUUCCUCGGCAUCAUCCUGUCUGUCGGCGGCGUCGGCUUUCUGAGUAGCUUCGUCUCGGGCCUGUUGACCGUUGGGCUGCCUCGCACCGCAGAGGAUAUCGGACUCUCGGAUGAUUUGGUUUUCUGGCCAUCUUCUGUAUAUGCCCUGUCAUGCGGUUCAUGUCUUCUCCUGGCCGGCUCUGUCGCCGACGUCGUCGGAAACCGGUCAAUGAACCUGAUCGGCUGCCUUUUGGUCUCCUGCUUCGUACUGGGCUGCGGUCUCGCGCGCACAGGAAUCGAGCUGAUCAUGUUCCGCGCGAUGCAGGGUGUGGCCGUCUCGUUCUGCUUACCGACCUCCGUGGCCAUCGUGUCGAACGCGGUACCCAACGGACGGAAGCGCAACAUCGGGUUUUCAUGUCUGGGAUUUGUGCAGCCGAUCGGAUUUUCGGCGGGACUGGUGCUGGGAGGCGUGAUUCUCCAGACGGUGGGGUGGCGGUUUGGCUACUAUAUCACAGCGGGUCUGUGUUUUGCGUUGUUCCUCGUCAGUCUCAAGGUUCUCCCGAUAGAGGAUAAGAAGAACAACUGGGCUAGUAUUGCGCGGCUUCGCACCGAUAUCGACUGGGUUGGCGCGUUUGCGUCGUGCGCGAGUCUGUCGUUGUUUUCGUACAUUCUGGCUGCCUUGACCAACGAUGUUUCCAACAUCAAAUCCCCGGUGAACAUCGCCCUGCUUAUCCUCGGCGCUGCCCUGGUGCCAUUUUUUAUCUUCUGGGAACAGCGCCAGGAACGCCUCGGCCAGCCAGCCCUAAUCCCCAACUCGCUGUGGAAGAACCAGGUCUUUACCAACGUCUGCCUGAUUGUGAUGCUGGUCUGGGGCGUGCUGAACAUGAUGGAACUAUUCUGCAGUCUCUUUUUCCAACAAGUACAAAACCUCAGCGCACUAGAUGCAUCACUCCGCAUCCUUCCCAACACCAUCGUCGGUGCAAUCUGCCAAGUAAGCACCGGACUGCUAAUCCACCGCGUCUCCGCAUUCCAUCUAGUCGUCGGUUCCCUCGUCCUCAGCAGCGUGGGCCCGCUACUCAUGGCCGUCAUAGACGUGCGCUGGCCAUACUGGUACGACGCCUUCUUCGCCCAGGCACUCUCCCCCAUCAGCGCCGACAUUUUAUUCACCGUGGGCCUCCUCGUCGUCUCCGACGUUUUCCCCACGCGCACACAGGCUCUCGCGGGCGCCGUGUUCAACACAGUCUCCCAAUUCGGCACUUCAAUCGGCCUCACCGUGAUGGCUGUGAUUUCGUCGGCGACUACAAAACAUUCGCGCUACGUGCCAAAAACGUCUCCGGAUGCGCUGUUGGUGGGCUACCGCGCUGGCUUUUGGGCGGCUUUUGCAUGGAUGAUUGUUGCGUUUUUGAUUGGUGCGUUUGGACUUCGUCGGAUUGGCCGUGUUGGGCUGAAGCGGGAUUGA